UAUUGGGUACGAUACCGUUCAUAUGUACCCAAUAAAGAAAUUAAAAAUUUCUUUAUUGCCAAAAAAAAAAAAAAUUAAUAAUUCUUUAUUGCCUACUGUGUAAUAAACUGCAAGACAAGUAAGGUGUAACAAUGCUCGCGAAGACAUUUGUUCCGAGACAACUCCUUGUGUCGAGGUGUUUCUCAUCUGUUACUUCGAAGACACUCAAGGUGGGAGAUGUUUUGAGAGAAGCAAGAGUGUUUUCAAGUGAAGAUGUUAAGAGCUAUGCUGAGGUGAGCCAUGAUUGGAACCCACUUCAUUUUGAUCAAGAAUCUGCCCGUAAAGCUGGAUUCGAGAGUUGUCUUGUCCAUGGAAUGCUUGUGUCUUCCAUGUUUCCGCGUAUCAUCUCUGCCCAUUUCCCUGGAGCAGUGUAUGUAUCUCAAACUCUGCAUUUUCGAUCACCAGUUUACAUAGGAGAUGAUAUUCUCGGAAUUGUACAAGCUACAACUUUAAGACAAACCAAGAAUAAGUACAUUGUCAAAUUCUCAACCAAAUGCAUCAAGAAUCACAGUGAACUUGUACUUCUUGAUGGUGAAGCUACUGCAAUCUUACCAAACCUCGAGGUGCUACAACCAUGUCAUUCGGAAUGAUAAACUGAUCCGACAUGUAAGUUUCUGUGUGUUUACCAUGUUCUUGUUCUGUUUUGUUCUUUCAUUUCUGCUGUCUUUGAAGAGUCUGGAAUUUGUGAGAUUUUUGUUGUAAGUUAUAUUACUAAUGAAUUCAAUUGCUA